AUGCAGGGUGAGCCUGGGCCAAGGGGCAAAGAGGGAGAGAUGGGAGGUUUCGGCAACAGAGGAUAUCCUGGUCCUAAAGGACAAAAGGGAGACAUAGGACCACGUGGAUUUUCUUGGUCAGAGGGGCCCUCAGGAGCUCUUGGGGACAAUGGGAAAAGAGGAGUGAAGGGAGAGAAGGGCUACGUAGGACUACGAGGCCAGGUGGGGUUGAUGGGGGAAGCUGGACCAUCAGGCUUGUCUGGACUGGAAGGUUUUCCAGGACCUUUUGGAUUAGCUGGGGCUGAUGGACCACAAGGGCAGAAGGGGGACAAAGGCCCUUAUGGUAUGGCUGGGAACCCUGGAAACUCAGGCCUUAAGGGGAUGUCAGGCAUCAGUGGAGUGAAUGGUGACAUGGGGAAACAUGGACCAAAGGUACCUAUUAUCCAAAUCAUCUGCCAAUUUAUAUUGAUAAGAUUGUAA